AUGGAGAAUAGACACAAAAAACUUACCCAACGGUUCCUUCUGAGUGAAGCACCGUCACCAAUUCACGAUUCUCUUACGACAGCAGAAAAACCUUCAAAUAACAUUCAACUUAUUGAAUCCUCUACUAUCAUAACACCACCAUUGACGCCGCCACCGGGUAUGCUCAACGAGCAAGCAACCACGUCGACUACUACGAAUCUCCCGAUAAGAAGAAAAGUAAGCCGACGAAAGAACCCAUACCCAAUUCGCUCACCCGAAAAAGAUUCAGAAGGAUUCACCUUACACAUAAGUAUUUACGAAGAAUAUAGAAAAAAUCCAGCUUCCUUUUACGAAUCGGCACAAAAAACCACAAUCGAAGACGGUAUUCCUUCGAUUUCUUCUCGUUGGCCAACUUCAGACUCAGAUUCGGAUGAAAAUCAAAUCAAUUACUCAUCAAUCUCAAAUAACGGCGUACAUUCACAACGAGGAAAACGAGCAAAAACAAGUCAAACGCAAAGGACAAGGAGAAGCCGAGCAUUAGGAAGAGUCAUUGGUAUCAAUGGAACAAACGGUGAUUCGACCACAAUAAGAAUCCCGCCACCACUUCCACCACAAGAAUGGCGCAUACUACGAGAGAAACUUGAAAGUUUAGAAUUAGAGAACAGUGUGUUAGAAGGCGAGUUACCCACGAUAUCAUGGAAAGGACCACCAAUGCAAAUAAAUAAUUUACCACAUUAUGAUUAUUUACAUCCAACCGAAGCAACGCUAGCAUCAACACUUCGUCUAACGCCGGCGCAAUACUUGACUUCUAAAAAUUCAAUAAUUUCUGCGGCUCGUCGAUAUGCAAAACGGAUGAUGCCAUUUAGGAAAAGUGAUGCACAACGCUUACUGCGCAUCGAUGUAAAUAAGUCAAGUAAACUAUGGGAAUUUUUCCGGGAUAUUGGUUGGUUCGAUUAA